GUUGUUUUGAAGACAUCCCAUCUUGAUUUAAGAAACUGUCAAUGAUGGGGAAUCCACCAUGACCCGUUGGUAAAUUGUUCCGAUGGUUAAUUGCUGUCAUGGUUAACAAUUUACACGUUUUCUGCAGUCUGAAAUCCUACAUAUUUCUUUUCAAAAGCUACCCUUUGCACCGGAUCUGCUCCAUGCCAAUUUUUGCCUAGAUAGACAAUGACUAAGCUGAGGGGGGGAGGGAAAAAAACAACCAAACCUGAUGCCAAAUGCUAACUUUCUAAAGGCCCACUUUUAAAUCCGUUUCCACUCCUAAACUACUAGAUUGAUUUGUAAAUUCUUGCAGAAUUCGGCUUACGCUCCGAGUGAGUGCUGUAAUUUAGAGGGUUGAUGCUGUGUUCUCUGGACAUAAUGAACAAGCUGAGUCCUUGCUUUAAGAACACAAUUCACUCAGCUUUAACUAUGGACGCCACGACGGGCGCCUCCAGAACUCUUUAGACAGAAGGUGUCACAGCAUGCCUGGCCCCUUUAAGGGGAGAUGGACCCAGCCCACCUGGGACUAAUAAGUCUGCAGGCUGUGGGGCCAGGGUGUCAGGUGAUAGCUUGAAAAGCACCUGGUCUUUAUAAAGGCCAGCAAGAGCUUGGUGGAGAGUGGCUGGUACCCUGAUGCUGGCAGGAAUUGCUGUGGUCAGGGAAGGAACCCAGCUGGCUCCCUGGUUCACAGGAUGGGAGCGACAGCUGCAGGAAGUAGAAAGGUUCCUGUGGGAGGCCCUGGCUCUGCGCACGGGCUGAGGGAAGAGCUUGGAGGAGCUGGUGCCGGGCAGGGGCAGAACAGGCUCUGGUGUGGCAUCCGUCCUUCCUGGGCUGGUGAGGUGUGUCGCGAUACCUGGGAGCCCGGCUGAAACUGGCAACGCCCCCAGGAGCCAGCCCCUGCCCGCGGAGCCCGGCUGCCAUGAGAUGCUUCCCAAAGCGCUUGCUCGCCACUGCCCUGAUGCUCCUGGCUCUGCUCCUGUUCCUCAGCACCCGCCUGCAGUGCCCGGAGGACCCUCUGGUGGAGGAGGUGAAACGCUGGGCCCAGGAAACGGUUCUGCAGCAACUCCAACCCGACGGGAACCUGCGCAGCUCCCAGGAGCUGUGGAACGUCCCUGCCUCCAGGAACGUCUCCUAUCGCUACCUCGCCGGCUCCCCCCCCUCCAGGAAGAAGUUCCUCACUGUGGGGCUGUCGUCUGUCAAGCGGAAGCGAGGAAACUACCUCCUGGACACGCUGAAGUCCAUCUUCAGUCAGUCAACCCAGGAGGAGCUGGAGGAGAUGGUGGUGGUGGUGCACCUGGCUGACCCGGACUCGGAGUGGAACACCCAGGUGGUGAUGGACAUUACCGCAAGAUUCACUCCCCACCUCCUCCGGGGCCAGCUGCUGGUUAUCCAUGCCCCUCCGGAGUGCUACCCGCCCCUGGAAGGCCUGAAGAGGAACUACAAUGAUGCCGAGGAUCGAGUGCAGUUCAGAUCCAAGCAGAACGUGGACUAUGCUUAUCUCCUCAGCUUCUCUGCCAACCUUUCCUCCUACUACCUCAUGAUUGAGGACGACGUGGAGUGCUCCAAGUCCUUCUUCACGGCCAUCAGGAAGGCAGUGGCAUCCCAGGAAGGCUCCUACUGGGUCAUGCUGGAGUUCUCCAAGCUGGGCUACAUUGGCAAACUCUACCACUCCAGCGACCUGCCCCAGCUGGCCCAGUUCCUGCUGCUGUUCUACCAGGAAAUGCCGUGUGACUGGCUGCUGGGGCACUUCCGCCUGCUGCUCACCCAGAAGAAGGUGAUUCGCUUCAAGCCAUCCCUCUUCCAGCACAUGGGCCUGUACUCCUCCUUCCAGGGGACAGUCAACCGGCUGAAAGACGAUGACUUUGAGGCAGAUUCCUUGGACCUGCCUGACAACCCCCCGGCUGUGAUGUUCACAGACAUGGACACCUUUGAGGCCUACCUGCCCAGCAAGGCCUACAGCACGAUGCCGGAGUACUUCUGGGGGAAAGCCCCAGCUGCCGGCAGCCACUUCACCAUCGUGUUCCACCAGCCUGCCCGUAUCUCACGGCUCCAGGUCCACACCGGCUCCAAGGAGCGCCACAGCGACUAUCUCCGCGCGGGGGCCGUGGAGCUGGGCCGCCAGCGGCAGGGGAAUGGCACGGGCUGUGCUCUGUACACCCGCAUCGGAGCCUUUGAGAAGGGACACUUUGAACGGAUGGGCUUGGAGAACAGCACGGCGGCCGCCGCGGAGUGCGUGCGGAUCCUCGUGACGGAGAGUCAGAGCGAAUGGCUGAUCAUCCGCAGCAUCAGCAUCUGGACCACGCCAAACAGCUAAAGGGGGUGCAGGGACAGAGGCACUGCUGGUGAUCUGCACGGCAGGGAGCUGGCCUCCCUUCUCAGGGGCGAGCGAGCGGUUUGGGGGUGUCUGGUGCAAUGAGGGGCAACGGAGGGUGGUGGCACUGGCCCCCCCCCAGGCAAUGGCACCCUGCAGGGGAGGCACAGUCAGGGCCGAGUGAGGAAGGAAGAUGGGGCAGUGAGGGUCAGGGCAGUGGCACGGCAGGACCCUGGUAGCGUGGCAGGAUGGUGCAUGAGGGCAAGAAAUGGGAGCUAAUGCAGCACAUUGAUACUCAGGGCACCCUAUGUCGUUGGGCACUAACUGCCAGGUAUCGGCGAGCCUGGCCCCCCGCCUGGCCCCACAGAGCUGACUGACUCCUCUGAACUGCUUCCUUUGGGGGCCAUGCAGUCAGAACCAGGCCCGGGUAGGGUGUCCCGCUGGGCCAGACCCCAGGAGCGAGACCUGGAAUGGUGCUUGCAGCAGACCGCUGGGGCUCUGGAGAGGUCAGGAGAGCCAGCAGUGCCUGGCUCGGGGCAGGUCUACCGGGGAACUCUAGCCCAGACAUGGGCAAAAUCAACACCCCAGCGGGUGAGGUUGCUCCCAGGGCAGAGGCGGCCACGUGGGAAACCUUGGCUCAGGAUCCUACUGCUCACAGCCGACCUGCUCUACCCAUGACAGUUUAGAGCUGGGCGUCCAACCUCUCCAGCCUGACGGCCAAAAUGCUGUACCCCGAAUGCCAGGGGGCUACACUCAGGGUGAGAGGGGCAGGUUAUUAAUCACAUUCAUUACAGCAGUGCCUAGGAACCAACCAAAAUCAGGGUCUGGUUGUGGUAGAUGCUGUACAAACACAGAGUAGCAGACAAUCCCUGCCCUUACGUGCUUACAAUCUAACCAGACAAGACAGCCUCCUUGCCAGCCCCCUCCUCACUCCUGACUUCUUCACAAACCAAACUGAGACGCUAGAAGCAGGGCCUUGUGUGGCCCCUGGCACCAUGGGGCCAAAUACAGGGGCAAGAACUCCUCCGUUCUGUGGCAGCGUUCAUCUAGUGUAUCCACGGUUAGGCUCAAGCCUUAGACAAUCGCAAGAUUGGCUUUAAAGUCAUGAGAUUUUUACAAACUUAAUAAAUAUUUGGUUCUUUUCA